AUGAGGAAACACUUUGUGAAGGAUUAUUAUGUGAGCGACCCAAAAUUUCCUCGCGCUUUAUGUGGAACUUGCAGAUUAGUGGUUCAGCAAUACGGAAAACAAAACUUUCAAAGGAAGAUUCAUUUAUUCAAUUACUCCAAAUUGGAUACACAUCCUCAAAAUAUAACAAGAAAUACCUGUAGUCAAGAAAACAAAUCUAAAAGAAGUACGACUAAAUAUACACUUGCUCGAGGAAGAUCUCAUCACUGCUCAAAAGGUAAAAAAUAUUUAAACGCGAUAUCACUCACUGGCUCUUCUCAAAAGUUGCAAGAAAAAUUAGCUUCUACAAUAUUAAUCAGUAGAAUAGGCGAAAAUCCCAAUGACUCUAUUGAUUUGUCUACAACUCGAGGACCACUACUGUCCAUUCAUCUAAAACCUGAUAGAUGUGUCGAAAAUACUGCUAAAUUAUCAGCUUCCUCUUUCUCCAAAAUUCAAUAUUCUCUUAAUUUAAGUGUUAAUACAACACUUCAUCUACGGGAAGAAAACUUAUUGAACCUAAAUAAGCUUCAAGAAAAAUACCAUGAGGUUGACGCAUUCUUCGAAACAACUUAUAUAGAAUUUGUUAAGGAAGUUAACCAAGAAACCAAACAAUCGGUAUUGAAAUCAGUUGUGUACUGCAAAAAUUUUCUACUUUAUGUACGAGAGAAAAGACGAUGUUCUGCAAAUAUUUUUAUCACCAAAAUCGGCAUAGACGGAGGUGGAGGGUCUUUAAAAAUAUGUGUAAAUAUUCAAGACAAGGAAUACGAAGAUUCUAAUACCAGUUUAGAAAACAAACAUGGAAAAUCUAACAAAACAUUAAGACGUCCAAGAAAAUUAUAG